GCUCCCCAAUGACAGCAGCAGCAGGAAACAGGCGGGCGCGUUUCGGGCUCUGCUAUAAGGCCUCGUGUUCUCGGAGGAGAGAACACAGGACACUUCCCUUCGUAACUCCCACCUCUAGGCCCCGACUGUAUGCAUGGCGAAGUCCCCGGAGAACUCUACCCUGGAGGACAUUCUGGGGCAAUAUCAACGGAGUCUCCGGGAACGUGCGAAUAGAAGCAUUCAUCAACUGAAAUGUGUCCUGAGAGAAGGCGAGGCCACUGUUGAGGAAGAUGUGCUGGAUCCUUCUUUUAGUGCCAGUGUAGGAAAUGAGGACACUGGGACUGCCUGGCAUGAACUGCAGCACAGCCAUGCCGUCAAUCAACUCAAAGCUUUGUUGCGCCAACAAGCAGCUAACGAAGGUGAGGUAUCUCCCUCCAGAAGACAAAAAAUGUCCCCUUUGAGGUCAUCAGAUCAUGAGGAAAUCAGUGUGCCUGCUGUACACAAUCUUGUUCCUAUCAUCAAUGACCAGUCUCAAUACAUUCAUCAUUUAGAGGCAGAAGUCAAGUUCUGCAAAGAGGAACUCUCUGGAAUGAAAAACCGGGUACAAGUUGUCGUGCUUGAAAAUGAAAGGCUCCAACAAGAGCUGAAAUCUCAAGGACAAGAGGGAGCAAUGAGGGAGCAAACACUUCUGGAUGCAUCUGGAAACAUGCAGAAUUCUUGGAUUACAACAGGUGAAGACUCUGGGGUGGAUGAAGCUGCCAAGAGACCACUUUCCCAUGGCAAUGCAGAUACUAUCAAAGCUGCAUCUGCUGAGGAGGGUGAUAAAUGGAAGCUUGAACUCGAGAGAAUAAAACUUACUUACCAAGAAAAGAGUGAAAUCCUGGAAUCCCAGUUGAAGUUUUUGAGGAAAGAGUUAGCUGACUAUCAGAAAAACUGUGAAGAUCUUAAAGAGCAACUAAAACACAAAGAGUCUCUUCUUGCUGCUAAUAUUUCUAACCGUGUUGGUGGUCUGUGUUUGAAAUGUGCUCAGCAUGAAGCUGUGCUUUCCCAAACCCAUAAUGAUGUCCACAAGCAGACUAUUGAAAGGCUGACGAAAGAAAGAGAUGACUUAAUGUCUGCACUACUUUCCGUAAAGGGCAGCUUGCCAGAUGUGCAGCAGAGAGAAGCACGUGCUUAUGAGCAGGUGAAGCAAGCGGUGCAUAUGACUGAGGAAGCCAAUUUUGAAAAAACCAAGGCUUUAAUCCGGUGUGAGCAGUUGAAGAAUGAACUGGAGAGGCAGACAGAGCGACUUGAAAAAGAACUUGCAUCUCAGCAAGAAAAAAGAGCCUUUGAGAAAGAAAUGAUGAAGAAAGAAAUGACAAAAGAAAAGGAAGAAAUGGAAUCAAAGAUGUUGACCCUGUCUCAGAAUAUUGCCCAGCUGGAGGCCCAGGUGGAAAGGGUUACAAGGGAGAAGGUUUCAGUGACUCAUCAACUAGAGGAAAUUCAAAGCCAGCUCACUUCCCGGGAAAUGGAUAUCACAAAGGUGUGUGGGGAAAUGCGCUAUCAAUUGAAUAAAACCACAAUGGAGAAGGAGGAGGCAGAGAAGGAGCACAGAAAGUACAGAACAAAAACUAAAAUAGAUCUUGACAUUAAAGACCAGGAAAUAGAGAAAUUGAAAUUAGAACUGAGUGAAAGCAAGCAGCGUUUGGAACAGGAGCUGCAGAAGGCAGCCCGGGCCAGAGAGGAGAGCCUGACACUGACAGAGCUGCUGGGUGAAUCUGAGCACCGACUACACCUCACCAGACUGGAAAAAGAUAGCAUUCAGCAGAGCUUUAGCAACGAAGCAAAGGCCCAAACCCUUCAGGCCCAGCAAAGAGAGCAGGAGCUGACACAGAAGAUACAGCAAAUGGAGGCCCAGCAUGACAAGACGGAAAAUGAACAGUAUUCAUUGCUGACCUCCCAGAAUACAUUUUUGACAAAGUUAAAGGAAGAGUGCUGCACAUUAGCCAAGAAACUGGAACAGAUCUCUCAAAAAAGCAGAUCUGAAAUAGCUCAGCUCAGUCAAGAAAAAAGGUAUAUGUAUGACAAACUGGAAAAGUUACAGAGAAGAAAUGAUGAAUUGGAGGAACAGUGUGUCCGACAUGGGAGACUACAUGAGAUAAUGAAGCAACGGCUCAAACAGCUGGACAAGCACAGCCAGGCCACAGCCCAGCAGCUGGUGCAGCUCCUCAACAAGCAGAACGAGCUCCUGCUGGAGAGACAGAGCCUGUCGGAGGAAGUAGGCCAUCUGAGAUCCCAGUUACCCAGCAUGCUACAAUCUGAUUGCUGACCUGGGUGAAACAGAGUGGAAAAAAUGAUUUACAGAGAUAUUUACAUUCAUCUGAUUUGUACGUAGUGUGCCUCAAUGCAGCAUGACCCUCCAGCGGACGCCCCACGUUCACUGCCAAGUGGCCCCUGCAAGGUGGAUGGACUGGAGCUGACAUCUGACACUAUGUAGGACACCCCUGGUGUGUUUUCAGAAAUGGCUUGAAGUCACUAUGUUUUUAAAUCUGCUCAUCUGAUGCUGUACUACACACGGGUUUCAAUAAAUGAACUUUGUGAAGA